AUGCUUCAUGUGCGACCUACGUAUACAUUACAAAGGUCGGAUAGAUAUAAACAAAAGACCCAUUUUAACGUUCAAACGACAAAAUUGACAACAGCAGAUUAUAUAAUGAUUUUCUCAGCUUUACGAAAUCGACGAAAUAAUAAUGUUUGCCUCAUUUCUCUAAUAAUUAUUUCGGCAAUAUUUGCCGUCGUAACGACCGUCGAAUCAAGUAAUAAUAUAAUAAAAAAAGACAUUGAUUCCUUAAUAACACCGAGAGCUUUGUACCUUCCACAAGCAAAGCGGAGUCCGCUGGAAGAUAGCCCGAAUAAAGAAUGUCCUCCGUGUUUUGAUUGUCAUUUAUCUAUUUUUGAGUGCUCGCAUUUCGCGAAUUGUAGUGAUUUUGAUGGGAAGUGCCAGUGUCCUCCUGGGUUUGGUGGGGAAGACUGUUCGAAACCUCUUUGUAAUUCUUUGGCUGAUGGAUCUAAUCGUCGGACACGAGGAGACAAUCAAGUUUGUGAAUGCGCUGAAGGAUGGACAGGAAUAAAUUGUAAUGUUUGCCAUUCCGAUUUUGCAUGUGAUCCGCUUGUUCCGACAGGAAUGAACGGUACUUGUUAUAAAGGCGGAUUAACAGUAAACGAAAAUUUUCAGAUGUGUGAUGUCACAAACAGGAAAAUUCUUGAUAUGCUUCCUGAUCAACCACCUCAAGUUACCUUUUCGUGUAAUCGUCCCGACGAAACCUGUGACUUUCAAUUCUGGAUAAAUCAAACCGAAUCCUUUUAUUGCCACCUGGACGAAUGUGCAUUCAGUCUUGACGUGACUUAUGAUAAAAACAUCACCGAAUAUAACUGUAAAAACAUUAAAUGUAAAUGUAGGGAAGGUGAAAUGUUGUGCGGAAAGGAUGGAAGCAUUGAUCUUUCUGAAUGGCUCGUAGAGGAAAUCAAAGGACCUGGCGAUUUCAAAUGUUAUAAUUCUGAAGAUUAUCAUUUUAUCUCUCUGAAAUGCGGUGGUGGCGAAUGUCUUCAUUAUACUCAAGUUCCAGGAUUUGUCAGACCACCUAAACCCGAAAACUCAAAAAUGAUAAUUGCAUCUAUUGUUGCGGUGUUGGUGUUUGUCAUAGGUGUCUUUCAUCUAUCCCGUAAUUGGAAAACAUCCGACAACUACGGACUCAUACAACUUCCUGAUGACGAGUCUUCAAAACUCAUGGCUGACCACGUCCCCGCAACAUUGCUUUUCCAAGAUAUUAGUUACUACGUCGGCGAGAAACAAGUCCUGAAUUCGAUACACGGGAUUGUACAUCCUGCCAAAAGGAAUAAGGCUGGGAUUGUGAGCGGCGAUAUUUAUGUGAAUGGACGUGUGGUCGAGGACCGGGUGUAUAAGAGUGUUGUUGGAUAUGUGGAUCAAGAAGACCAUUUAUUGCCUACGUUGACUGUAUAUGAAACUAUAUUGUAUUCUGCUUUAUUAAGAUUGCCACGAGAGAUGUCGUUGGAAGCUAAAAAGUUUAGAGUAAUCGAGACAAUGAGCGAACUUGGUAUUCUAGAAAUUAAAGAUUCCAAAAUUGGUGAAUCUGGCGCACGAUCAAUAUCCGGUGGCGAGAAACGUCGCGUCUCUAUCGCCUGCGAGCUAGUCACCUCACCAUCCAUCCUAUUCCUCGAUGAGCCAACUUCAGGUCUUGACGCGUAUAACGCUUACAACGUUGUCGAAUGCCUUGUUACGCUAGCGAGAAAUUACAACCGCACGGUCGUGUGUACAAUUCAUCAGCCACGAAGUAAUAUUUUUGCGUUGUUUGAUCAGUUGUUGUUGCUCGCCGAAGGACAUAUGGUUUAUUCGGGAGAGGCGAGCAAGUGUCAAGAAUAUUUCGAAAGUAUUGGACACAAGUGUCCGCCGGGCUUCAAUAUUGCUGACUAUUUGGUGGAUUUGACAAUGUAUGCCGUAAAGCCACGUGAUGAAGAGAUCGUAGAUGACUUGCCUGAAGGAACAUCCACUGCCAUAUCCACGUCACCAGCAAAUGCUACUAAUGAUGGUCCCGAAUCAACACCUGUUUCACGUUUUGCCGCCAACAAUCGACCGCCACUUCGUAAUCGAGCAUCUAUUCAUGAUAUACAAGAUCUUCAACUUUACGCUCCGCAGCCACCCUCGAAUCAACAUGAACAAGAAAACUCACCAUUACUGGAAUUAAAUGAUAGAUCGCGCCCGGGAAGCACGGAUGAUAUUGGUCUGGAUGUUGAGACUGAGGGUAUGAGUGAACAUUUAAGAAUGUUAGUUGAAAGAUAUCGACGAAGUUUGGUUGCUCUACAAGUGAAAGAUGAAAUAGAUCGUACCGUAAAUAGAAAUCCAAUGCUUAUGUUAACACAUUAUUGCAUCAGUGUAUAUCUAGCAAUACUAUGUGGUGCAUUAUAUUAUAAAGUAACGAACGAUAUUGCCGGUUUCCAAAACCGAAUGGGUGUAUUAUUCUUUAUGUGCGCUCUUUUCGGAUUUGGAUGUCUAAGCUCUAUCCAUAUAUUUGCUUCCGAACGAAUAUUAUUUGUGAAAGAACGAGCUAAUGGAUAUUACGCACCAAUAACAUAUUUCGCAUCAAAGGUCAUCUUUGAUAUAAUACCUUUACGUGUUGUUCCGCCGAUUCUGAUGGGUGUUAUCAUUUAUCACAUGGUUGGCCUGGUGAAUGGCACAAGCGAAUUCUGCAAAUUCAUACUGGUCUUGGUGUUGUUCAAUCUCACGGCCGCUAGCAUAUGUCUGUGUAUCGGAAUUAUCUUUAAAGAAGUUGGCGUUGCCAGUUUGCUUAGUAGUUUGAUUAUGCUGUUUAGUAUGUUGUUUGGCGGAUUGUUCUUAAAUAAAGAUUCAAUUCCUGAAUAUCUGGCGUGGUUGAAAAACCUUUCAUUCUUUAAUUAUGCUUUCGAGGCAUUACUCGUCAACGAAGUUGUGUAUUUGCAACUUACAGAACAGAAAUUUGGCCUUUCGAUUGAUGUGCCUGGUGCAACGAUAUUAACUACUUUUGGAUUCGACGCGUCUGCUUACUGGACAGACGUGCUAAAACUCACUACUUUAUUUGUUUCAGCUCUUGUACUCUCGUUUCUAUGUCUACAAUUCUUUGUUAAAGAAAAACGCUGA